AUGGGAAAGGUGAAGAAAGCUCGUUUGCAUCAAGCUCUCGCCGAUCAGAUCCUAGAGGGCGACGCUCCUCGACCCAGGAGCAGGUCGGGGAAAGCUCGUCAGAGAGCCACCGGUCAGCCGGACGACCAGAGCGACUUUGUGGAAGAGAGACUGACGCAGCGGAUUCUCCGGCAGGCUCGUCAGCAGCAGGAGGAGCUGGAGGAAGAGUUCGGUUCCGCACCAGGCGGGACUGGUAGGAGCAGCGGACCCUGGAAACGAAAGAAGAGAAACUCUCUGUCGGGCUCCAAGGUGGUAUCUCUGGAUACGUCAGGAGAGAGAGGUUCUGACGCAGAGGAGGAUGCGUCGGGAGAGUCCGAGUUUGGAGACGAAGAACAGAGCUACGGAGAUGAGGACUGUUGUCCUCGGGUGACAGAGGAGGACGAGGAAGCCAUGAGAGUGUUCAUGCACGAGGAGGCGACACCGCGGCGGACCCUAGCCGACAUUAUUCUGGAGAAGAUCCGGGAGAAAGAGACUGAGAUUGCCAGCCAGGUGUCAGACGUUUCUCUCUCCUGCACGAUGGACGAGAAGGUUGUGACUGUCUUCAAGGGUGUGGGUCAGAUUCUGGCAAAGUACCGGUCCGGGAAGCUGCCCAAGGCGUUCAAGGUCAUCCCAUCCCUGGGAAACUGGGAGGAGGUUCUGUAUCUCACCGAGCCCACCAAGUGGAGCGCUGCGGCCAUGUUUCAAGCGACGCGUAUUUUCGCCUCGAAUCUCAGCACCCAGAAGGCGCAGUACUUCUUCAACCUGGUCCUCCUGCCCCGCGUGCGGGACGACAUUUCCGAGUACAAACAGCUUAAUUUUCACCUGUACAUGGCACUCAAGAAGGCCCUCUUCAAGCCGGCAGCCUUCUUCAAGGGGAUACUGCUCCCGCUCUGCGAGUCUGGCACCUGCACGUUGAGAGAAGCGCUCAUCAUCUCGAGCGUCCUGGCCAAAUGCAGCAUCCCCAUGCUUCACUCCUCGGCUGCCUUGCUGAAAAUCGCCGAGAUGGAAUACUCGGGGACAAACAGCAUCUUUAUCCGCACACUCCUCGACAAGAAAUACGCUCUCCCCUACCGGGCGAUCGACGCAGUCGUGUUCCACUUUCUGAGGUUCAAAACGGACGACAGGACUCUCCCGGUCCUGUGGCACCAAGCCCUCCUCACGUUCGUCCAGCGCUACAAGGAGGACAUGUCGGUGGAGCAGAAGGAAGGGAUCCUGGAGCUGGUGAGGGGUGGCCACACCCACCACGAGAUUGGGCCGGAGGUAAGGAGGGAGAUCGUCGGCUCAAAGUGCAGGGACUUGGGAGCCGUGUUUAGUGAGAGACUCAAAGGAACUGUUGGAACCACUCCCAUGCAGGAGUAG